AUGCUGCGCACAUCGCUGCGGUGCACCCGCCAGCUCUCGAGCUGCGCGCCGCGAGCCAGCUUCUACACAGCUUCCGCCUCGCCGUCGAGAUCAGCCAUUACCGCAAGUCGCAGGCCGCUUGCGCUGUCUCAGCAGAGGCGGAGAUAUGCCGUCUCGGUUGAGGAUACCAAUAAGGGCGUUGACCCCAACGACUCGUUCCUCCAGGGCAACACGGCCAACUAUGUCGACGAGAUGUACAUGCAGUGGAAGCGCGACCCGACGUCGGUGCACUACUCAUGGCAGGUCUACUUCCGUAAUAUGGAGUCGGGCGACAUGCCCGUCUCGCAAGCCUUCCAGCCGCCGCCGACCAUCAUGAACACGCCGAGCAUGCACGGCGGCCUGGGUCCUGAUCUAUCGGGCGGCAAGCCUGGCCUCGGUAUGACCGUAGGCGAGGGCUCCGACGUCAUGAACCACUUGAAGGUCCAGCUGCUCGUGCGCGCAUACCAGGCCCGCGGCCACCACAAGGCCAGGAUCGACCCGCUGGGCAUCCGCUCCGAAGCUCUUGCCUUUGGCUACGCCAAGCCACGCGAGCUCGAGCUGUCGCACUAUAACUUCUCCGAGAAGGAUCUGGACCAGGAGUUCGAGCUUGGCCCCGGUAUCUUGCCUCGCUUCAAGACGGAGACCCGCAAGAAGAUGAACCUGAGGGAGAUCAUUGAUGCGUGCGAGCGUCUGUACUGCGGCUCAUACGGAGUAGAAUACAUCCACAUCCCCGACAGGGAACAGUGCGACUGGCUCCGUGAACGCAUCGAGAUCCCGCAGCCGUACAAGUACUCUGUCGACGAGAAGCGCCGCAUCCUGGACCGCCUCAUCUGGGGCACCAACUUCGAGGCUUUUCUCGCGACAAAAUACCCCAACGACAAGCGAUUCGGUCUCGAGGGUGGAGAGAGCUUGAUCCCCGGAAUGAAGGCCCUCAUUGACCGCAGUGUUGACUACGGUGUCAAGGACAUCGUCAUUGGCAUGCCGCAUCGUGGACGUCUCAACGUUCUCAGCAACGUCGUCAGGAAGCCCAACGAGUCCAUCUUCAGCGAAUUCGCAGGCAGUACAGAGCCGAGCGACGAGGGUUCUGGUGACGUCAAGUACCACUUGGGCAUGAACUUCGAGCGCCCUACGCCCUCCGGCAAGCGUGUACAGCUUUCUCUAGUCGCCAACCCGUCACAUUUGGAAGCCGAGGACCCUGUUGUGCUCGGAAAGACCCGUGCUAUCUUGCACUACAACAACGACGAGAAGGACGCCCGCACUGCUAUGGGCGUGCUCUUACACGGAGACGCGGCCUUUGCCGGGCAGGGUGUCGUUUACGAGACCAUGGGUUUCCACCAGCUGCCUAGCUACCACACUGGAGGAACCAUCCAUCUGAUUGUGAACAACCAGAUCGGUUUCACCACUGACCCCCGUUUCUCGCGAUCCACCCCGUACUGCUCCGACAUCGCCAAGGCCAUUGACGCACCUGUAUUCCACGUUAACGGUGACGAUGUAGAGGCUUUCAACUUUGUUUGCCAGCUUGCAGCUGACUUCCGCGCUGAGUUCAAGAAGGACGUCGUUAUUGACAUGGUCUGCUACCGAAAGCAGGGUCACAACGAGACCGACCAGCCGUUCUUCACCCAGCCACUCAUGUACAAGAAGAUCUCCGAGCAGCCUCCUACGCUCGACAUCUACACCAAGAAGCUUUUAGACGAGAAGACCUUCACUAAGGAGGAUAUCGAUGAGCACAAGGCCUGGGUUUGGGGCAUGCUUGAGGAGAGCUUCAAUCGCAGCAAGGACUACCAACCGAACUCCAAGGAGUGGCUAACCUCCGCAUGGAAUGGUUUCAAGUCGCCCAAGGAGCUUGCCACCGAAGUGCUCCCACAUCUCCCCACCGCUGUUGAGGAGGCUCAGCUCAAGCAUGUCGCCGAGAAGAUCGGCGGUGCUCCUGAAGAUUUCAACCUCCACCGCAACUUGAAGCGUAUUCUUGCGGGUCGUACGAAGACCGUCACCGACGGCAAGAACAUUGACAUGGCCACAGCCGAGGCUUUGGCUUUUGGUACUCUCUGCAUGGAGGGCCACCACGUCCGUGUCUCUGGACAGGAUGUUGAGCGUGGUACCUUCUCGCAGCGUCAUGCAGUUCUACACGACCAGGAGACCGAGAAGACCUACACCCCAUUGCAGAACCUGAGCGAUGACCAGGCCACCUUCACCAUCUCGAACUCUUCGUUGAGCGAGUACGGAGUUCUUGGAUUCGAAUACGGCUACUCGUUAUCGUCGCCCAACGCUCUCGUCAUGUGGGAGGCUCAGUUCGGUGACUUCGCCAACACCGCCCAGGUCAUCAUCGAUCAGUUCAUCGCAUCUGGUGAAGUCAAGUGGCUGCAGCGUUCUGGUCUUGUACUCAGCUUGCCCCACGGCUACGACGGUCAGGGCCCUGAGCACUCUUCUGGACGUAUGGAGCGUUACCUCUUGCUCGUGAACGAGGAUCCGCGCAUCUUCCCGUCGCCCGAGAAGCUCGAGCGCCAGCACCAGGACUGCAACAUGCAGAUCGCUUACCUGACUAAGCCGUCCAACAUGUUCCACAUCCUCCGACGCCAGAUGAACCGCCAAUUCCGCAAGCCUCUCAUCCUGUUCUUCUCCAAGUCUCUCCUCCGCCACCCGCUCUCCCGCUCUUCAAUCGAAGAGUUCACCGGCGAUUCCCACUUCGAAUGGAUCGUCCGCGACCCCGCCCACGAGAGCGGCGCCAUCGGCUCCCCCGAGGAGAUCAAGCGCGUCAUCCUCUGCACAGGCCAGGUCUACGCCGCGCUCGUCAAGGAGCGCGAGGCCCGCGGCCUCACUGACGUUGCCAUCACGCGCAUCGAGCAGCUCAACCCCUUCCCUUGGCAACAGCUCAAGGAGAACCUCGACUCGUACCCCAACGCCCAGAACAUCAUCUGGUGCCAGGAGGAGCCGCUGAACGCGGGUGCAUGGAGCUUCACCCAGCCUCGCAUCGAGACGCUGCUCAACCAGACGGAGCACCACAACCGCAGGCACGUCAUGUACGCCGGUCGCAACCCCAGUGCGUCUGUUGCGACGGGUCUCAAGGCGAGCCACAAGAAGGAGGAGCAGGAUCUGCUCGAGCAGGCUUUCACUGUUAAGCAAGACAAGCUCAAGGGCGAGUAA